CGCUGUCAAGACAGACCACGCAUUUGCCGCAUUUGCGCAGCGCCAUCAUCGUCCCUCGUAAAAGCACCUUCCUUUGGGGGGCGAGUCUGUCUUUCUCGUGCAUCAUCGUCAGCUCCUCCUCGCGCGGCCUCUCGAUCUGCCUUUGUUAUCCGACCCCACGAGACCGAAAGGAAGAGAUAAUCCAAGAACUGGGUCUUGGUUGGGUUUGAGGGAGAGAGACGAGAGAGAGAGAGAGAGAGAGAGAGAGAGAGAGAGAGAGAGAGAUGGAAGGGGACAGGAGAGUUGGAGUGGCGGUGGAUUUCUCGGCAUGCAGCAAGAAGGCGGUGAAGUGGGCGGUGGACAACGUCGUCCGCGACGGCGAUCACCUGAUCCUCAUCACCGUCCGCCCCGAGGGUAACUACGAGGAAGGCGAGAUGCAGCUCUGGGCAGCCACCGGCUCUCCUCUUAUCCCUCUGAAUGAGUUCUCUGAUCCCAUUAUCAUGAAGAAAUAUGGGGUGAAGCCUGACCCAGAGACGAUCGACAUCGUCAGCACUAUUGCUAGGCAGAAGGAGGUUGCGGUGGUUAUGAAGAUCUACUGGGGAGAUGCACGUGAGAAGAUCUGUGAAGCGAUUGACAAAAUCCCCCUGAGCUGCCUCAUAAUUGGAAACAGGGGCCUCGGCAAGCUGAAGAGGGCCAUACUGGGGAGUGUGAGCAACUAUGUCGUGAACAAUGGAUCUUGCCCUGUGACCGUCGUGAAGAGCACAGAACACGAUAACUAAUCGGUUCGCAUACUCUUCCUAUGAUUGAUGAAGAAAUAAAUUCACCUGCAUUCUCUAGCUGAUUGGAUUCCUAGUCCUUGAGGAUAUCCAGGAUGGAAACCAUGGAAAGUAAGUUUUGCUGUUGCGAUGCUUCGGCAAAGUUGUAAGAAUUUCAUAGUUGGUGUAUAUGCCUUUCUUCAGUUUCUGCAAAGUAAACUUUGUCGGACCGAAAAAAAAUUUGAUCAUGGACAACUUUGGGUGUUGGAUAGUGGCAUUUAAUUUGCAGAGGCGUAGCUCUUGGUUAUAA